UAUCUAGGCAUGGUAUUGACUGUUUAUGCAGUGAUCGCAGCUUCGUUCAUCUAUGUCGUCUACGUACACAUUUCUACUUAUCUAAAGCGAAGAUCAUACUCUCAUAUCGCGUCAUUUCCCAUUCCUUUAACUUGGAAGUGGUAUCUGGGCAAUUUGUAUUUGAUGCGGAAGAAGGGUUCAGAAAUGGGCUUGGAAGGCCCUUCUUUUAGCUUCUCCAAGGUAACAGAAGCUCUUAGAAAGGAACUUGAAACUGAAAGUUAUGUUAUCUUCUUUCCUGGUGUUGCCUUGGUAUACACAGUUUCAAUUCCUGUCGUUUCCAAAGUGUUCAGUGACCACAAAACCUUUUUGAAACAAGAUCCUCGUGCUGGGAGGUUGGCCUAUGUGAAUGGAGAAAGGGUCUUUGGGCAUAAUGGACUCCUUACAGAAGCCGGAACUGAUGUAUGGUACUAUAAGCGUAAAAUGAUGGAUCCAGCUUUUCAAAAAAAGUUCUUGAAAUGCCUAAUGGGGGACAUGACGAAUAGUGCAAAUAAAUUGUGCCAAUAUUUGGAGGGAAAGAAAAGCCAAAAUGCCAUCGACAUUUAUGGUAUCAUGAACAGGGUUGCACUAGAAAUAGUAUGUACUUGUGGGUUUAGCCUGAAGGACGAUUUCAUCAUGCGUGAAACAUCCGAUCUUAACAAAGCUACGGAAAGUAUUUUUGAAGUCUUGACAUUGAGUUUUCGUUCAAGAGGUGGCUUUUCAUUUAGGCUUCCUUGGAAAUUCCGAGAAGAAAAAAGACGACUGAAAGAUGCUUGUGCCUUGAUGAGGGGGACAAUGCGAGCUUUAUUAACUAAACGGAUGAAGAAAAACUCAGAAGACCCAGAAAGCAUUUCCAACGAUGUUUUAGAUCACAUCAUCAAAGGGAACAAUUUUUCCGACAAAAUAUCAAUCGAGGACAUUUGCGACGACUUCUUUGUCUUUUUGGUGGCUGGAAUGGAGACUACUGCUAUAACUAUGUCGAUCACGAUUUGGCUUCUCCUAAAACAUCCUGAAAUAUCAGAAAAAGUCGUUAAAGAGGUUAACGAAGUAUAUGGAGAAAAAGACGAGUUGGAUUACGAAGACUUGAAUAGACUUGUUUUCCUAGAACAGUGUAUUAAGGAGUGCCUCAGAAUGCACCCUCCUGCUGAACUAUCUAGCAGAGUCAGCCCCAAACACGACGUUACAAUUAAUGGUCUUCUCAUCCCUGGGAAGAGUAUUAUAAUGCUACCAACAGAAGCAAUACAGAGUCUUGAAGCACAUUGGCCGGACCCACACAUAUUCGAUCCAGACAGAUUUGCACCUGGCAAGAAAAUUGAGCCCUUCACUUACUUUCCAUUCACUGCCGGUCCAAGACAGUGUAUAGGGAAGCAUUUUGCUAUCAUGGAAGCGAAGGUUGUGUUAGCCAAGUUUUACCGCACUUUCAACUACUAUGACCCUUACCCGGAGAAAACGACACUGGAAAAAAAGACUGCUCUAACCGCUAAACCGAAGAACGGAGUCUUCAUUGGAAUCGAACACUAAAUGUUUUUACCGUACCCUGGCCCUGAUUAAACCAUGUUAAAUCAAGUUAGAUUUUUAUGAACAAGCUCUAUUCUCCACUAUUAAUUGAUUUUUGAUGUUCUUAAAGUUUUCAUUAGGAAACAAUUUGGCCAGUAUCUCAGAAUUUUUUCGAAUGCUGUAUUAAUUAAAUAUGAGCAUGUAAUGUUUUACAGUAAACUUUAUUCAUUCUCAUUUGUUUUCAGAUAAUUUAUUUUUAUUUUGAAUUUAUUUUAACGAUUAUUGCUUUCUAUGAAAAAUUGCCUUAUAUAAACUAAUUUUUGUAUUUCUACACAGUUCUGUUCGAAAUUUCAGGAGCUGCUUCUUGACUUCUUGCUGACAUCGUCACGAACUUC